ACCGCCCCGAGGAGGCGUGGAAGGAGAACGCGGUGCCCUCGCCCUCUUCCUCCGCCGUCGACCGGCGCCCUUUCCGGCACCGCCCGCAGCCUCGCAGAGCCGCCAUGCAGAAGGUGGAGGUGGACCGGCAGUUCCCGCGCUCCGUGGGCGGCAUCCUCAAGGUGGCCCGCAUGCUUCUAGCUUUUAUGGCAACCAUCACUUUUGCUGUUAAAAGAUCUCAUGAAGCCUUCCUAGCCCUUGUGAUCAUGGAACUUGUCAUUACCUUCUUAUUCUAUUUACUCUAUCUACUGAAGUUGGAUGCACAGCUAAAAUUCAUGUUUUGGCCUUUGGCUGAUGCUUUCAAUUCCUUGGUGGCAGCACUGUUUCUCCUCAUUGUCGGCUUGUGUGCAACAAUCAUAAAGACCAUUAAGGAAACAUUAAUUGGAGGUGUAUUCUGUUUGAUGCUUUGCGUUCUUUGUAUAAUAGAUGCUACUUUAAUCCUGAGAAAAGUUACUUUUAAUAGGUCAUAGUAGGAAGAGAUGGUAUCCAAAAAUAGAAUGGCCCACUGAGCCAAAUAAAUUAUAUAAAACAGCCAUUCCUAAUAUAACUUUAUACAAAUAUGUUGGACUAGAGUUCCCAUCAUCCACAACCAAUGCAUAAAGCACUUUAUUGUGUGCAACUGGGACAAAAUACCAGCAGGUCAUCAGAUUGGGAAAGCUGUUAUAAUCCAUUUUAAAAGCCUGCUUUGCUGUAGGCUCUUUGUCACACUUUCUCUGUACUUCCUAAAAGCUUUAGAUUCCAGUUGAGUCAGUCAAGCUUUAUUAAAUCCUAUUGAUUUCAAAAGGCAAAAUGAAGCACAUGUUUUAACCCUAUCAAAUUACAUGUAAUUUAAAAUCCUUUUCUUGAAAGGCGAUGUUAUGCUUUUAGUUUAACUGCAUCUAGAAUUUGACUACUGCGUACUUUGUCAAAUUAGUUCCUUUAUUUAACAGCAUAAACAACCGUUGAUAAAAAUAC